GGAAAUCACCACGUGUCUCCCACUAUGUAUAUAUGUCUCUAUAAUUCCGGUCUUAGCUAGAAUAUUUUCUUUCACAAUAAUCAUUGAUAGAGGAUUAAUCUGAUAUUACCAAAAAAUCACCAUCAGGCAUCAAACUCAACAGCCAUCAUGUCUUCUACACCCGAGGCCGUCAUCGCACAAAUACAAGCUGCUAGCGCCGCUUAUGCCGAGAAGAAACCCGGUGCACGCGAGCAACUCUUGAAUCUCGGCUACGCCUUGGUUUCGAGUGUAGAACUUCCAAGUGAAGCGAUCCAGCGAAUGGGAUGGGCCGAGCCUGCUAAAGCAGCCCACUGCCGGAUCGCAGUCGAACUAAAACUUUUUGAACUUUUGAAAGAAAGCGGUGAACAAGGCAUGACCGCAAAAGAUUUGGCUACAAAGACAGGGGCUGAUGAGGUUCUGCUAACACGCACUUUGAAGCACCUUGCGGCCACAAACGUCGUUGCCGAGACUGGCGAUGAUAAGUACAUUGCGACACGCUUGAGCAACGCCUUUACCGAGCCUCGGUUUAGAGAUGGUAUCAUAUACACAUAUGAUGUGGCUGGUCCGUCGUUCCGUGGCUUGCCCGAGUACCUAAAGAAGAUCAAGUACGCAUUACCAACGAUGCUAACUGACGGACCAUUCCAAGCUGCCCAUAAAACCGAGCUUCCCUUCUUCGCUUGGCUGGACCAAAACCCACCCUAUCUUGAAGCAUUCAACAGCUACAUGGCUGCGUACCGUGCGGGAAAACCUUCAUGGGUUGAUCCGGGAUUCUACCCAAUAUCCGAACGUUUAAUAGAAGGGUUCGACGCUGGCUCUGGCGACGGUGUUAUUCUUGUCGACGUAGGCGGUGGAUUAGGACAUGACCUACAGGAGCUCAAGGAGAAGCACCCUUCACUUCCUGGUAAACUCAUACUGCAAGACCGAUCUGAAGUCAUCUCGACUGUCUCGGCCGGCGCGUUCCAAGCUACGGCCCAUGACUUUUUCACACCUCAGCCAGUAAAAGAUGCCCGCGCGUACUACCUUCACUCGGUGCUACAUGAUUGGGGUGAUGAUGACUGCGUCAAGAUCCUGGAGCAGUUGAAGCCAGCGUUAAAGCCCGGCUACUCGAGGCUUCUUAUCAACGAGAUAAUCGUCCCAGAUCGAAACCCUACUUGGCCAGUUACCUCGAUGGAUCAGCUAGUUUUCGUCCUGGGCGCAAUGGGGGAGCGCACGGAGAAACAUUGGGAGAGUAUACUGAAGCGGGCUGGCUUCAAGAUUUCCCGGAUCUAUAAUUAUGAGAUGGGAUCAGAAAGCCUUAUCGAAGCAGAUUUAGCAUAGAUUGACUAUAAAUAUUUGCGGCAUUCGUAGUCCAGUCUAUUGGAAAUAUCAAGGCUGGGGCCAAGAGUCACGCCAUAGGUAGCAUGAAACACGAAUGCAACUCUACUAUG